CAGCAGCAGACCUUUUAUUGACGGUCGCGACCGGUAUGCGUCUCGCUCUCUCAUCGCCUCCUAAGCACGGAAGAGAGCGAGAGCGAGAUCCGUUCCCGUGGGUGCAUCUGCUCCGUCGGAUCAUUAGCUCUCUCAUUUGCAUCGUUCCCAAUCGCGAUCUUGCGCUAGGGUUCCUGCGGGAUCCACUGUUUCCCUUCACGAUGGGUGGAAGGAAGAUGGCCGCGCCGCUGCUCCUGCUGCUCAUCGCGUCCUCUCUCCUCCAGAUUUGGGCGUCGGAUCCGUUGUUCUACGAGUCGUUUGAUGAGCCUUUUGAAGGGCGAUGGAUCGUGUCCGAGAAGGAGGACUACACAGGUUUAUGGAAACACUCUAAGAGUGAUGGUCAUGAAGACUAUGGACUUCUUGUGAGCGAGAAGGCUAGGAAGUAUGCAAUAGUUAAGGAACUUGAUGAACCUAUCAUUCUCAAGGAUGGAACUGUCGUUCUACAGUUUGAGGUUCGACUACAGAAUGGACUUGAAUGUGGAGGGGCAUAUCUGAAGUACCUCCGUCCCCAGGAAGCUGGAUGGACUUCCAAGGGAUUUGACAAUGAUUCUCCAUAUUCUAUCAUGUUUGGACCUGAUAAAUGUGGAUCCACGAAUAAGGUGCAUUUCAUCCUUCAGCACAAGAAUCCCAAAACUGGGAAGUUUGUUGAACAUCACGUUAAGUACCCUCCAUCUGUCCCAUCUGACAAACUCUCUCAUGUCUAUACUGCUAUUUUGAAACCUGAUAAUGAGCUGAGAAUUCUGAUUGAUGGAGAGGAAAAGAAAAAAGCAAACUUCUUUUCUUCGGAUGACUUCGAACCAGCUCUUAUUCCACCCAAGAUCAUACCUGAUCCUGAUGAUAAGAAGCCUGAGGACUGGGAUGAGAGGGCUAAAAUUCCAGACCCUGAUGCUGUAAAGCCAGAUGACUGGGAUGAAGAUGCACCAAUGGAGAUUGAAGACGAGGAAGCUGUCAAGCCGGAAGGAUGGUUGGAUGAUGAACCUGAGGAAAUUGAUGAUCCAGAAGCCACAAAACCAGAAGACUGGGAUGAUGAAGAGGAUGGAGAAUGGGAAGCACCGAAAAUUGACAACCCAAAGUGUGAAGCAGCACCUGGCUGUGGAGAGUGGAAGAUGCCAAUGAAGAGGAAUCCAGCAUAUAAGGGAAAAUGGCAUGCACCUUUAAUUGAUAACCCGAACUACAAGGGUAUCUGGAAGCCACAGCAGAUAGACAACCCUGAUUAUUUUGAGCUUGACAAACCAGAUUUUGAGCCAAUUACUGCUAUCGGUAUUGAGAUAUGGACAAUGCAGGAUGGCAUUCUCUUUGACAAUAUUCUGAUAGCUAGUGAUGAGAAGGUGGCUGAGUCAUAUAGGAUGGAGACAUGGAAGCCUAAAUAUGAAGUUGAGAAAGAAAAGCAGAAGGCUGAAGAUGCUUCUGUAUCUUCAGAUGGCCUUUCAGGUUUCCAGAAGAAAGUAUUUGAUGUUCUUUACAAGUUUGCAGACAUUCCCUUCUUGGAGUCCCACAAGAUCAAAAUUAUUGAUGUCAUUGAGAAGGCAGAGAAACAACCUAACCUCACUAUUGGGAUCCUGGCAUCCAUUCUGGUGGUAAUUCUUACUGUCAUAUUCAGGAUUCUAUUUGGCGGGAAGAAGCCUCAGGCCCCAGUUGCACCAACCACUGAAACUAACAACUCUGGAGCUGCUGAGACUGAAGCUACAGGAGGCAGCGAGGAGAGAGAGGAGAACGAGAAAGAUGAUGCAUCAGCCCCGCGCCCCAGGAGAUCUAGGAGGGAGACAUAAGGCAGCCAGGUCUCAGAUUUUGAAUGAGGUAUUCGUUUUAGGUGUUUUCCAUUCGAGCGGGUGUGAGGCUUGUGAACCAAUGUCAUUGGCUGAAAGCAAAACAGACUCGCAUUUUUUGCCUCCCUAGCUUGUGUUUUCUGGUCAGAGUGAGUUCAGGCGUAAUCUUAUUGUACUUGUAAGUCUUCAAAGGAUCUUUAUGGCUCGGUUAUCCUCUUAGGAACUCUUUUGAGUACUAUGGAAAAUCAACUUCUAGUAGAA